AUGAUUGAUGAAGCAGAUCGCGAUGGAGACGGACUGUAUAACGAGGAAGAGUUUUUUCGCGUUUUGAAAAGGCGUAAUGGGAAGACUUCAGCAAGCACAGUUAAUAGAAACAAUUCACAGCAAAAUCUAGCCGAUGAAAACGGUUUCUAUGUAAGUAGGCAAUUGCUUGUUCGCUUUUCGCUGCCUGCAAGCUUCGCAACACCACCUGGUACUUAG